AUGGCAAAGAGUAAACAGCCUAUCAAAAUAAGGGAUACCAUCCUGGAAGAAGUUGAGGAGUUUACUUACCUAGGAAGCAUUGUGAGUGUGGAUGGAGGUACCGAUGCUGAUGUUAAGACCAGAAUAAACAAGGCUAGGUCAUCUUCAACAUUCUGGGGAAAUAAGAAACGAGGAUCUUUGGAAAAGAGCAAAUCAAGCCCCAUAGAUAUCCAAAUCAAAAAAAGCAAAUGGUCAUGGAUUGGACACACACUGCGAAAACCACCAAGCAGCAUCACAAAACAAGCCCUCAAAUGGAACCCUCAAGGAAAAAGAAACAGAGGAAGACCAAGGGGCAGCUGGCGCAGAGAUAUGGAGGCAGAAUUAAAAGAGCAAGGCUACACCUGGAACUCAGCAGAAAGAUUAGCGCCAGACAGACCACAAAGAUUGUUAAAAACUCCUGACUUUCAUUUUGCUUAUCCAGCCCUUGACCCAUGUCUCCAUGGCAACAAUAAGCCAAUUGACGAACCUCACAGAAGCGCACUAUUUCAGCCGGAAUCAACUGAUGGCAAAAUAUGCGACCGCAACUUAACAGAAGGUUGGUAUGUAUUCAAUGGCGGGAAUGACACGAUCCCCACACACUGUGUCACGGCGUACCACUGUGGCACGCAGUUUCCUGUUUGGAUGAAAGGAAGUCUGCCUUCUGUUGGGGAUGGGAUUGUACACAGAGAGAGCUGCAUUACACUCGCCCUCAAUAAGUCUUCUUGCUGCGAUAUCACAAUGGAUAUAAGGGUAAAAAACAGCGGUACCUUUUAUGUGUAUUACCUAAAACCGACGCCAUUUUGCCCAUCUGGGUACUGCGCAGGGGAGACUUACUCGUGUAACACGGGCAACGUUGGGGGACAAUACAAAGAUCCUUACCCAAAGAUGACAAACUUUCCUGUCCUUGGUAAACCGGAAGUAGUAUCGAAUUCAACGGUCAGAUUUCCGUGUGAGGUGCAAUACCCUAUCGGCCAACCAGAUGUCGGAUUCGAAGUCAUAUGGACUGUUGAUGGCCAAAAAUUGGUAAAUCCCAACACUGGUGCUCAGAUUGUUGAACAUUUAACUGGUGAUUCUCGAACAGCGUACCUGGACUACAAUACGCUGAAGGGCAACCUCGGUAAAACGUUGAAGUGCAGGGUCCGUAGUUACUACACAAACACAUCCCAUAUACAGACAUGUAGUGAUAGUAUCACAAGUGAUGGGUACUUUUGUGGAAUAAAGGUCCUUACAGAGAGAAUUGUUGUGGAUGAGAAGGGUCCAGAGAAGAUGGUCACUGUAGAAUCCACACUUCCAAUUCCGUGUAAUACGGCACAUAUUGAAGAGUGCAAGAUAACCUUCAGUCUGGAUACUCAUACCAAAGAUACCAUGUUUUCAACCUGUAACUAUGACAUCAAACUGGACCCUGUGACCGGUAAAUAUUUGGGAUCAUUCAAGGUGAUAGCAACUAAAGACUUCGUCAGCGAUGGAACCAGGACACACGAAAUUUCAUUCAAGCCGAUUACCGAUUUCAAUCACCUCGUAUGGACAGGGUACAAUGUACCGCCUGUUCAUGUAACGACAGUGAGCAGUGAUCAUGGACAUUGCAAUGCACAUGGAGAUCCUCACAUGCAGUUAAUGGACUACAAGGGAAACAUCAACGUUUAUGUGACGGGGGAAUUAACAUUGUAUGAGUGUAAAUCAGCCGGUGAUCCUACAAAAUGCCUCCAGGUACAGGUGAGGACCUGGCCUUGUGGAAACUUCCAUCCCUGUAUAUGCGCUUUGGUUGCUAGAGAAGGAAAUGAUGCUGUACAAAUUGACAUGUGUGAGAAACGAAGGAACCAACACACAGUACCGGAAGUUACAGUCUUAUCAGAACGAGGUCUCAACGGAACCACAUUAAACAGAGACAGAAGUGGAAAAAAAUUCUUUAUUAACUUUCCAUCCGGUGCACGUGUUGUUGCCAGUACGUACGUUUUGAGUCCUCGAGGCCACCCCCACGAGAAGGACGGAAUAAUUGAUGUAGAUAUCCAGGCUCCUCCAGACAAUAAAGGAUGUGGCCAAGGAAUAUGUGGUCUUUGGAACGAUGACCCCCACGAUGAUCUGUUUGGAGCAGACGGACAUCAUUACUCACUCAGUCAUGUCACCGAGUUCGCCGAAACAUGGCGAAUAAAACCAUCGGAAAGCCUUUUUAACCAAGUUUUGAGCUACCAGCCUUUUUAUUCCACUCAACAUACGUACUGCACAUGUAGUAAUGGUAGAACUGACUGCACUAAAACAUCGAGAAACCCAAAUAAACAUAACUGCAAUGGAAAAUGUGAAACUGUACACAUCUCCAGACUUAACAGACACCACUACCGACGAUACUCGGAUGACGACAUUGAUGGGGAAGAACCUGUAGAUGACAUCAUCAUUCAGAAGAGACAUAAUUUCAAUUACAAGCCCAGAGAUGUGUUUCCCGCUGUAAAUGGAAUAGACGAGGCACAAGCAAAAAAGAUGUGUAAAGAUGGAUUACAAAAAUCCACAUUAUACGAACGUUGUCAUGACGAGCCAGGGGUAAAUAAAACCGCGCUGCUUGACUCCUGUAUGGAAGACGUCAAGGCCUCAGGAAGUGAUAUGUUCCUUGUGACACAAAUGUCAGCAUUCGACAGCUUAUGCCAGAACGAGGUUAUGAAGAACAUAAACAAUUAUAAAAAGAACCCGGAUGGCGAUCUGAUUCCACCUCUUGACGUGACAGACCAUGCAUGUCCUAACCAAUGUAGCCGCAGGGGUACAUGUAUCUAUGGCCAAUGCAAUUGCAAUCCUGGAUAUACAUCUGUGGACUGUGGUGUCAACUUGAAUGAUACGCCCAACAUCGUUCAAAUCAGGGGAAACGGACUGUGUGACAUUAGAAAAAGGCCAUGUGUUCAGACCAAUGUGAUUGCAGAAAAUGUAAUGGAAACUGAAAAUAUGACAUGUGGUUUCCAGCUGUCAACAGGAUCGGGAACACUGGAAGUUCAACCAGCUGAACUUUUGUCUGCCUGGGAAAUCAUUUGUUCACUGCCUGUCCACAAUGUAUCCAAAGGAAGUUCUUUACAGCAAUAUAACUUAUCCAUCUCACUAGAUGGCACCACCUAUAGCGCUGCACAGACGUUCACAGUGUAUGAUUCCGUGUGUCAACAUUAUGACAGCACAGGACACUGCAAUCUUAAGACAGACUCGUGUUUGAUUGACGGACAUUGUUACCAGUCAGGAUACUUAAACACACAACACAACACAGUCUGUGAUCCCUCAGUAUCGCAAAAUCAUUGGUCCAAUCCUGUUUCUAUGACAACCCAAAAAACUACACCAGCCCCGAUCUCAACAACACCUGCUUCAACAACAGGUAUAACAUCAGCCGCCAAAGCAUCAACCACAAAAAGUGUUUCUAAACUGACGACUACGCAGUUUGUGUUGCCUUCUGGUACAGAUUGCCAAGAUGUGCGUAGCGAUUGCCGGAACCACUUACAUGCCUGUGAGGGGGUGUUCCAAACAUGGGCCAUGACAAACUGCGCGCGUACUUGUGGACAUUGUUACAAUUCUCCACUAUGCGAGGAUACGGCGGACUCCGUUCACCUGCCCUCUACUGUUUGUACAGAUCCAGAUCUUCAGGACUUCGCCAUGACGUCAUGCAGGAAAUUCUGCAGAUUUUGUGACAAUGACACGACACACCCCGUGAAGAUGACGACACAAUCUGUUCCCACAACAACACCUAAUUGUCAAGACGUGCGUAGCGAUUGCCGGAACCACUUACAUGCCUGUGAGGGGGUGUUCCAAACAUGGGCCAUGACAAACUGCGCGCGUACUUGUGGAUAUUGUUACAAUUCUCCACUAUGCGAGGAUACGGCGGACUGCGUUCACUUGCCCUCUACUGUUUGUACCGAUCCAGAUCUUCAGGAUUUCGCCAUGACAUCAUGCAGGAAAUUCUGCAAAUUUUGUAACAAUGACACGACACACGCCGUGAAGAUUACAACACAAUCUGCUCCCAUGACAACACCCAGUGCGUGAAUGACAUCGUCAUUUACCAUGAAAAUUCCUAAAGCUGCAAUUCCAUAGUCCCGUUCAUUCUUAACACGUUCUGUAAUAAAUAAGUUUAUAUUACGA